UCCACUACCUCCAUUAUGGCCGGCAAGGGAGAAGGUCCGGCUAUCGGUAUCGAUCUCGGUACCACUUACUCUUGUGUGGGUGUUUGGCAACACGAUCGUGUUGAGAUCAUUGCCAAUGACCAGGGUAACAGGACUACUCCUUCCUAUGUUGCCUUCACCGAUACUGAGCGUUUGAUUGGUGAUGCUGCUAAGAACCAGGUCGCCAUGAACCCGAUUAACACCGUCUUUGACGCAAAGAGGUUGAUCGGUAGAAGAUUCAGCGACUCUUCAGUCCAAAGUGACAUCAAGUUGUGGCCAUUCAAGGUCAUCCCUGGACCAGGUGACAAGCCCAUGAUCAUUGUCAGCUACAAGGGUGAAGAGAAGCAGUUCGCUGCUGAAGAAAUCUCUUCCAUGGUUCUUAUUAAGAUGCGUGAAAUUGCCGAAGCUUACCUCGGUUCCACUGUGAAGAACGCCGUUGUCACUGUUCCUGCUUACUUCAACGACUCGCAACGUCAAGCCACCAAGGAUGCUGGUGUCAUUGCUGGUCUCAACGUCAUGAGGAUUAUCAAUGAACCCACCGCUGCUGCCAUUGCCUACGGUCUUGACAAGAAAGCAACAAGUGUCGGUGAAAAGAAUGUCUUGAUCUUCGAUCUUGGUGGUGGUACUUUUGAUGUCUCUCUUCUCACCAUUGAAGAGGGUAUCUUCGAGGUGAAGGCCACUGCUGGAGACACUCAUCUUGGUGGGGAAGAUUUUGACAACAGACUUGUCAACCACUUUGUUCAAGAAUUUAAGAGGAAGCACAAGAAGGAUAUCAGUGGCAACCCCAGAGCUCUUAGAAGGCUGAGAACUUCUUGUGAGAGAGCUAAGAGAACUCUCUCAUCUACUGCUCAGACCACCAUUGAGAUCGAUUCUUUGUACGAAGGAAUUGACUUUUACUCCACCAUUACUCGUGCUAGAUUUGAGGAAUUGAACAUGGAUCUUUUCAGAAAGUGUAUGGAACCCGUCGAGAAGUGUUUGAGAGAUGCCAAGAUGGACAAGAGCACUGUCCAUGAUGUUGUUCUUGUUGGUGGUUCUACUAGAAUUCCCAAGGUCCAACAGUUGUUGCAAGACUUCUUCAAUGGCAAGGAACUCUGCAAGAGCAUUAACCCCGAUGAAGCCGUUGCCUACGGUGCUGCUGUACAAGCUGCCAUCUUGAGCGGUGAAGGCAAUGAGAAGGUGCAGGAUCUUCUUCUAUUGGAUGUCACCCCUCUUUCUCUUGGUUUGGAAACCGCCGGUGGAGUCAUGACUGUUCUUAUCCCAAGAAACACCACAAUUCCCACGAAGAAGGAACAAGUCUUCUCUACAUACUCCGACAACCAGCCCGGUGUGUUGAUCCAAGUAUACGAAGGUGAAAGGACAAGAACCCGCGACAACAACUUGCUUGGAAAAUUCGAACUCUCCGGAAUCCCUCCAGCUCCCAGGGGUGUUCCACAAAUCACAGUGUGCUUUGAUAUCGAUGCCAACGGUAUCUUGAACGUCUCUGCCGAAGACAAGACCACAGGUCAAAAGAACAAAAUCACCAUUACUAACGACAAGGGAAGACUCUCCAAGGAGGAGAUUGAGAAGAUGGUCCAAGAGGCAGAGAAGUACAAGUCUGAAGAUGAGGAGCACAAGAAAAAGGUUGAAGCCAAGAAUGCUUUGGAGAACUACGCUUACAACAUGAGGAACACUGUGAACGACGAGAAGAUUGGUGCUAAGCUUUCACCCGCCGACAAGAAGAAGAUCGACGAUGCCAUCGAGCAGUCCAUCCAAUGGCUGGACGCCAACCAGCUAGCUGAGGCUGACGAGUUCGAAGACAAGAUGAAGGAGUUGGAGAGCAUUUGCAACCCAAUCAUUGCCAAGAUGUACCAAGGUGCCGGAGCUGAUAUGGGUGGCGGUGCAGACGACAGUGCUCCUUCCGGCGGUAGCGGUGCUGGACCCAAGAUUGAGGAAGUCGACUAAGCUCCCAAUCUCUACAGUCUCGGUCUUUGGAAGAACCUUCUCUUUUAUUUUUUGGAACAAUCGAUUUUUGAUUUCGUGGCUUAAUUAGUGAAAGCCACUGUUUUACCGGCGUAAUUUUUUCUCUCCCUCUCUCUCUGUUAUUGUUAAGUUUUUUAAGACAUUUUUAGUGGUGGAAAUUACUUUGGCCACAAAAAGAAACACCCUGCGUUUGUUACAUCUUUUCGUUAUGAAAUUAUUAUCUCUCACA